AUGGCUAGAACCAAAACCACAUCAAAAGUUUCUGAAGAACAUUCUCAACCACCACCAUCCAACACCGCUGCUGAUCAAUCCUCUAAUCAAUCCUUGAAUGAAACUCCCUUACGCACCACUCUUAAGGACGAAAUCAUCCCUGCAACCAAAACUCAAAAAUCCUCAAAACCUGGAUCUUCUAAAUUCAUUAGACCUAGAACCAAUCCUACCAGACGAUCAUCAAGGAUGAAGAAACCUUUGAAGAAACCAAAGGUAUCCCAUGUGAAUCUAGUCUCUGACGAAGAGAAGAAAGAUUCAAGUAUUGAUGAAGAUUCUGAGGAAGUAACAGAGGAAGAUGAAGAAGAAGAUUCUGAGCAAACUCUCUCUGAAUUGAUAAAAUUAGUGAGAACAUCUUCAAAGAAAGGAAAGAAGGUUGCCACUCCCUCUCCUUCCAAAGAAAGCUCAUCUUCUCAGGAAGAGAGUGAUGAAAAUGGUGAAUCUGAAGAAAGCUCUCCAAAUGAAGAAGAGAAAGUUUCUUCAAAGAAAAGUGGUAAUGGAAAGGAGAUGGCCAAAGCUGCAGAAAAGAUUUAUCAAAGGAGAAAGAAGAUUGAAAGUGAAGUUUUCUCUAUGUCUGAGGAGGUAGAUGAACCUGAAGUGGAAAAAGGUUCAUCAAAGAAGCAUGGAAAAGGUAAGGACAUUGUUGUCUUAAAAACAUCUAGGGCUGAGAAAAUUGCUUUCAGACCUAUGAGCAGAACCAAGUAUUUCAACCUUGAAAGUCUGGAAACCAAAGCAUGGAAUAUGAAGGAGUUCACUGAACCUCAAGGAUGGACCAACUUCAUAACUCUUCAAGAACACACCUAUGAAGACUUGGUCAGAGAGUUCUACACCAACCUAUCAGUUCAGGAAAAGAAGAAUGGAAAUGAGAAGUUUCUCAUCUCAUCAGUCAAAGGUGUAAAGAUCAAGAUGACUUAG